GCAUGGCAACGGUAAUGGCAAGGUACAUGUUGGCUGUCUUAUUUUCCAUGAUAGUGAUUUCUGUAGAUUUCGGAUAUGCGAAGUUUGAUCCUAUAGCUUUUACAAUUACAAUGGACAAACCUCACAAUUAUUCACAAGCAACAACGUUAUCUUACCCCGUAACCAUCACAAGUCACAUGAAAACCAAUUCUGUGUCGAAUGGUGUGUUCACAAGCAUUGUGGAUGGAAUAUUCACAUGUCAAGUAUACUCAACGGCUUUCAGGAAUGGCAAAAUAUUCCUUGAUAUUAUGCAUAAUGAUGUAACAGUUGCAUCAAUAUAUGCUCACAUGAAAGACAGUCAUUCUAGUGGCGGAAAUGUUGUUGUGCUUCAUUUGGCAAAAGAUGACACGGUGAAGGUGAAAACAAGACCAAAUCAAAAUGUUUCCGUAUUCGGAUAUGAACAAUAUGACACGUUUACUUGCAGUCAGGUUGGAUCAGAAUCAUUGACACUGAACCAAACGUCAAUACCAGCAUUUUCUGUUGUAUCUGACCGCACCCAAAAAGUGAACGGGGGAACGCCUAUAAAGUACGAUGUUAAAUUGCUAGACGUGACAAACGCUUUCGACGUAAAAAGUAGCAUAUUUACAACCCCUUUGGCUGGUAUCUAUAUAUUUCACUUUUACGGGCUUUCUAUGCAACACGAGGAACUUUGGCAUGACAUGUUCGUAAAUGAAGAAUAUAUAUGUUCAGCUAGAAGUAAGACAAACUACGAAUGGUCAUCAACUGGGAACACUGUUAUUUUACAUUUACGAAGUAAAGAUAAUGUGACAAUAAAGGCCCACGUAGAUACCGAUAGUUACCUGUUUGGCAAUGAUAAUCAAAUAUUUACCUCUUUCUCUGGUGUACAAAUAAUUACGGAUUACGACGCUCAGUCUCCAGAUAUAUAUCCUGUAGUGGCUUUUUCAGUCGGGUUGGCGAAAAACGUGACGAUUAAAUCCGGUCAGAAUAUAACGUUUGAUAAAGUAUUCAUUAACUAUGGAAACGCAUUCAACAUGACGUCCGGAUUAUUUAUCCCGCCUGUGACAGGAGUGUAUAUGUUUAACUAUCAUUUUAGAGGCAAAUACCCAGAGAAACCUAUAUAUCUAAAAUUAUUGCAUAAUGAAAGAAUCAUUGGUGGACUAUACAGCGAGGCUUACGGACUUCAUUCGACAGUAGGUAAUGCUGUUGUUCUCAAUCUGAUUGGUGGUGAUGCCUUAAGAUUUAUAUCAAUGGACAACAUCAGUCUGUAUGGACAUCCUUCUGAAAUACACUGUAUAUUUUCAGGUUAUUUGCUCCACAGCGUAAAUCCAGCAGAAAUCAUUGUUGGAAAAUAAAACACAUAUAAGUUAACUGUUUGUGAUUACUGACGUAAUUUGGUUUAAUUAGGUUGCUUUGCUAAUUAACUUAAACUGCACCAAAUAUGUCUAUU